AUAUUGUUUUCCUUCGUGCAUGGUAUCCUGUAAAACCUAAGAAAUACUACAAUCCCGUGACAUCUCUAUUAUUGUCUUCAAAGACAGAUUGGCAAGGGAUGCGCUUGAUUGGUGCCGUGCGUAAAGAACUUGGCAUACCAAUAGCAAACAAUCUUGAAUCUACAUAUCGCCCAAUAGAUCGACCCAUUCGCCGGUUCAACCCUCUCCACAUUGCCAAAUCACUGCAAUCACAACUGCCUUUUGCAUCCAAACCCAAACUUUUUAAAGCUCGUUCGAAAAAAUCUUACCUUCAAAAGCGAGCCGUCGUGUUAGAACCAAAAGAGAAGCAGAUAUAUACACUUAUGCAGCAAAUACAGACACUCAAGAAGGAAAAGAACAGAAAGAAAAAAGAGAAACAAGCACAGAAAAGAGUUGAGCAUGCAAAAAAGGUUUGGCUGAAAAGAGGAGUGCAGGAAGUUGGAAAAGCAAUGGGACAAGGAAUAAGAAAAUUCGUACAGAAUGAAUUUGCUGUUUUUGCUCAUGGCAAUGUAGACAUAC